CAUGCACCUCACCUUGGCUGGGGUGGGUCGCGAGAGCACAGGUGGGGACCCUCGGGUAGCGGACAGGAGACUUGUUCCAGCCUUAGUUUCCUUAUCUACGGGACGCACUUCGGAGCCUCGAAUCCCCAGCCCACCUGUGAAGGUAGGCGAACCCCGAAGCGCUGAGAGGCUGGCAGCCGGGACAGCCCCGGCCAGGAGAGCGCUCCCCUCGGGCGUAGGGAGAGCAGGACGCCAGAGCGGCGUCAUUAGGGUAUUUGCGCCCAUUACGCCUGUUCAGGCCCCGAUCGCCCGUCUGCCCAGCCCUGCGUUUGUCGGCCGCAAGUUAAACGGGUCCCCGCGGGCUGGGGUGGCCCAGGACGGGCGGACGGGCGUGGCAGGCGGGGGUCUCUGACCCGGCAAGUGUUUUGAACCGUCCCCCGCCCACCCGCACCCCCCCAGCCUAGGUCCUGGCCAUGAGACCCUCACACCUCCACCUCUCCGCCGCCUCCGGCCCUUGGGGCCUCGAGAACCUUCUGCUGCCGCUACUGAUGGCGCAACUCUGGGUCGCGGAGGCUCUGCAGCUCCCCGGAAACGACACGCACUCUCUCUCCGUGGCCUCCAGCGCCCCUUGCCCUUAUAGGUCGCAGCCCUGGCAGGUGUCCCUCUUCAAUGGCUUCUGGUUCCACUGCGCCGGCGUCUUGGUGGACAGGAGUUGGGUGCUCACGGCUGCGCACUGCGGGAAAAAUAAGCCUCUGUGGGCUCGAGUUGGGGAUGACCACCUGCUGCUUCCCCAGGGAGAGCAGAUCCGCAGGACCUCUCUUCCUAUUAUCCACCCCAAGUACAAGGGCUCGGGCCCCAUCCUGCCCGGGCGAACAGAUGAGCAUGACCUCAUGCUGCUGCAUCUGGCCAUGCCCGUUGUGCUGGGGCCUCGAAUCCAACCUCUACGCCUGCCCUAUCGCUGUGCCCAGCCCGGAGACCAGUGCCAGGUCGCCGGCUGGGGCACCACGGCCUCCCGAAGAGUGAAUUACAACAAGCGCCUGAGUUGCUCCCGUGUCUCUAUCCUGAGCCCUGAGGAGUGUGACGUCUUCUAUCCUGGCGUGGUCACCAACAACAUGAUAUGUGCAGGACUCAGCAAGGGUCAGGACCCCUGCCUGAGUGACUCAGGUGGCCCUCUGGUCUGUGAUGAGACCCUUCAGGGCAUCCUUUCAUGGGGAGUUUACCCCUGCGGCUCUGCUCAGCGUCCAGCUGUCUACACUGAGAUCUGCAAAUACCGCGACUGGAUAGAGAAAACCAUCGGCUCCAAGUGACCCAAAGGCCCUGCAACUGCUUCGCCAUCUGCCCUCUUCCUCCUUCCUCCCCUCCUUCCCCCGCAGACAGCUGGACUCUCCCCCUGCCCCACUCAAACUUCUGUCACCCAUCCACACCUAUUAACAUCUCUCGUCUUCCCUCAUGCCUCCUGCCCACUGCUGUUCUCUGCCCGCGUUGAAGCCAAGAUGCAGAACGUGGUGGCAAAGUUUUGUUCAUGAGAAACGAGGAAGCCGGUGGUCACUAGUCUCUGAGAGAAGUUAUCAAUCACCCAACCUGGCUUCCUCCACCACUCCCUGAUGUGUGACCUUGGGCAAGCCAAGCGUCUUCUCUGAGCCUCAGUUUCCUCACCUGGAAAAUGGGAACAAUGAAGUGUGUACCUCAUAAACGUGUUAUGAAGAGACUAUAACGUGUGUAGAUUGUUAUGGUCAUUGUCAUGCAAAGUACUAACACGGUGGGUAGUGAGUUCUGAUUAAAUGGCAACAGGUCCUGG